AUGGAGCUCUGUAUCAGUUCGACGACGACGACGAGACUUCUACCUGCAAGCCGUCCGUGCGGAGAAUUUCGCUUCUACAGUUCUCCAUCUGCUUCACUCCGGCUUCCUUUUCUCCAGCUGAAUAAGAGAAGUAAUUGCUUCUUAAACUAUCGGGAACCGUCCUACAGUUUCCGAGAAAUUCAGUCUGGGUUAAGGCAAUGCCCAUGGAAACUUGCUGCUGCUGCUUCUACUUCCGUAGCAGUUGAAGAAGAGAAGGACACUCUCCCUGCCGAGCUCAGAGUGACGGAGACCGAGGAGCCUAAUUCAAGAGUGAGGUUGGGCGUGGAAGUUCCGCCAGAAGUUUGCGAGGAUUGCUACAAGAGAGUCAUCAGGGAGUUCAUGAAGCAGGCGAAGGUGCCAGGGUUUCGUCCUGGAAAGAAUGUUCCGGAGGGUGUUCUUGUGAAUUACGUCGGCAGGCUAAGUGUUCAGAAGGCUGCUGUUGAGUCUAUCUUGCAGAGGACUCUCCCUCAUGCACUGGCUUCGGUGAAUGAAAGGGCUUUGAAAGAUUCAGUUCGCAUUGCGACCAAUUACUCUGAGAUGGAGAAGACUUAUUCAUCUCUUAACAUCCUUAGAUAUGAUAUCAUUGUUGAUGUGGCCCCUGAACUCAAAUGGGUCCCUGAGGAUGGAUACAAACAAUUGAAGGUUGUUGUGGAGAUAGACAGUGAUAUAGAUGCACAGGUAGCUUCUGAACAGGAAUUUAGACGUCGUCACAAGUCCCUUGGUGCUAUGAGAAUUGUAACUGACAGAGGACUGCAGAUUGGUGAUGUUGCGGUGCUUGAUAUAUCAGCAAAAAGACUUGAGAGUGAAGGAUCGGACAGUAUUCCAGAUGCUGAGAGUAAAGGAUUCAAUUUUGAUACAGAGGAUGGUGACAAAGUACUCCCAGGAUUUCUUAAUUCAAUAAUAGGGAUUCGACCAGGUGAAGUAAAGUCUUUUCCACUUGCGUUUCCUGAAACAUGGAGACAAGAAAAUCUUCGUGGUGUUCAUGCGGAAUUUUCUGUUGAAUGCAAGGAAUUAUUUUAUAGGGAUUUGCCACAGUUGGAUGAUUCUCUUGCUGAGAAACUUGUUCCUGGAUGCACCUCUAUACAACAGGUCAAGGAUUUGUUGUUGGAGAAGUGCCUGGAAGUUGAGCAAACAGCAAGAGAGCAAGCAACUGAUAAUGCAAUUCUUGACCAGCUUUGUAAGAUGGUAGAGGUUGAUAUUCCCAAGUCCUUAUUCGAGGAACAAGGUAGACAACUUUAUGGAGCCAAACUUCUCCAGAUCCAGGCAAAUAUGAAACUUAAUGAAGAGCAGUUGGCUAGGCUGUCAAGUCCUAAGGCAGUAAAUGAGUACCUGGAAGGCCAGAAGGAGAACAUAACCAGAGUGAUAAAACAAAAUCUGGCAGUUGGGGAUAUCUUCAAACGAGAAAAACUGGAGUUUGCAACGGAAGAACUGCUGAAGGAGGUUGAAAACUCUAUAGCUGAGUUCAAACGUACUCAACAAGAAUACGAUGAGGACCGUGUGAAGGAACAGGUUCAGGAGAUACUAGAAGGAGCUAAAGUGCUGGAAUGGUUGAGAGAGCAUGCCGACAUUCAGUGCAUUACCAAGUGA